GGAGAUCUUCAACGAUAACGGCAAAUCAUGCCGUUGUUGCUUCGACGGCCGUUACCAGAGAAGCUAUAAGUCCAACACCGUCAAAUAAAAAUAAACCUUACGUAUGCCCAGAAUGUAAUCAAACAUUUAGUCGACAACACAAUUUAAAGUCACAUACUUUGACCCAUUCGCAAGAAAAGCCAUAUCAAUGCCCACAAUGCAACCAUUUUUUCAGACGACAGCAUGACUUAAAACGUCAUACUAAAUUACAUACAGGUGAAAAACCAUAUUCUUGUCAAUAUUGUAAAAGAAAAUUUGCAAGAUUGGAUGCAUUGAAUAGACAUCUUCGUGCUGAAAGUUUUUGCGGUGGUCCUCAGAAAAAAUUAUAUCAGAAUUCAACUGGUAGUGGUGUGGAUCAAAAUUCGAAAAUUGAACUUCAAUCAUUACAAUCUCCUCAACAACAAUCAAUUCUUGCUGGAAAUACCAAUACUAAUAAUACUUCAUCGAUCGCCACAACACCUCACGUGUUAAUUCAAUCACAACAGCCAAAAUCAACCACAUUAACGCCGCCUCAAAUGCAUUCUAUGUCCCCGAAAUUGUCACAACAGCAACUUUUGCCACAAUCUAAUGGAGGCGGUGGCGGCGUUAUGAUGAAAAGUGAAUUGCAACAUCAUAAACAACUUCCUAUUCUCACUAAUCUUAUUAUUCCAAAUAAUCCUGCUGCACAGACAUCACAGUAUGUAGCAGAUUCUGCUAAUGCGACAACAUCGGGCACAUCAACCACAACGUCGAAUUCUAUUUCCUCGUCAUCUACCCAUUAUCAACAAAUGCGAUAUGCUCAAAUGAGCUCUAUUGACUAUGCCCCUUCUACCGCUCAAGAAUCAUCUUCAUCCCGAAGAAUUAACGAAUAUUCAACAAUUCCAAUGGAAAACGAUGAUGAGAUACUUCGAUCGAGUUCAGCUUUUGAAAUGAAAUUAAUAGAGGAAAAUGCGUACUUGCAAACACGUGUUAGUGAACUAGAAAAAGAGGUUGCGUUAGAGCGUAAAGCGCAAGCUCGCAGAGAAUUUUUAGAGCGAAGAGUAAAUGAACUGGAAAUAGAGAAAAAUCUUUUGAAAAAUUUAUUGCUUGAGCGUGAUAGUCAUGCUGGUUUGACCAAUGAGAAGAAGCGAAAAGCUUCCACUUUGAUCGAACACACAAACUCACCUAAACAUCAUAAAGACGACGAUGGUGUAAUAUAA